GAACCACAACACCGGCCACCAUGCUUUUAUUACAGCGGUUCUGAACGGCAACAAGACGAGAAAAAAUGCUUACACAAGUUCGUCGGUUGCAGGUUCUUCGUAGAAACGUGCAGGUAACACCCUCACAUACAAAUGGGGGCGCCAGCGAACGGAACAAGGCGACAGUCCCCCAAGAGAAUCCAAUCCGAAUCGUACCCGGCGAUCCCAAACACAGACUUGCCUCUGUGGAAGUUAACGGGCUAGGACUGGAUGACUACGAUAGAACAGGUAAUUUGAGUGUAUGGAAAAUUGCAAAAUGGUUUGAGGGUACAAGAAAAUUCUCCUUUGACGAUAUUCAUGUACUACCAGAGUUGAACAAGACAAGCCUAGCCUACAUCAUAGCAACAAAAUAUGUGCUUACUCCUGAUGUGUACAUCCCAUAUAGACAAGCUCUGCAAUGUCGUCUGCGAUUUGACACAUGGAUGUAUAAAAUAGGUGGCAGCACUUAUGUGAUCUCAACACAGUGCUUUCGGAAGUGUCCCACAGUUAGUGGAUCAUGUGACAAAGAUGUUGCCACUGGUCAGAACAUAGAUACUGAUGAUACCACAGACUGUCUUGUAGGCGAGUGUAUAGCCACAAUGGUUGCUGUUGAUAAAGUUACCCAUAAGGCCGUCUCCUUGCCCAACUGGUUCAGGGAAAAUUUUGGAAGCCAUGUUGUUCCCUCUCCCCUACCUCUAAGUCCUGUCUCCCCUCUCACACCCAGCUCCUCUGUGCAAAUAUUCACCUCCAAUUUCCACGUCCCCCCAAGUGACAUGGAUCACAACUGGCACACGCAUCACACAAAAUACAUACGCUACUGUAUUGAUGAAGGUACCAAAGCUGCUCACCAGGGGGCCUACAGGCAGUUCCAAGAUGAUCUGUGCCACAGCCAGGUGUGUUACAUGGAGAUGCUGUACACAGGGCAGAGCCAGGCUGGGGAUGUUCUGCAGUGUAGCAGCUGGGAGGUGGAGAACGCAGACAAGACUCUUUGCUUUCAGGUCAAUAAAGAUUCAGUACCACUUUUUCAUUGCUCUAUGAAGUUCAGGUAGUUAAAGUUUUAGGGUUAUUUAAGUGAUUGAAAUAUAUUUUUAAAAAUUAAAUUCAUUGCUUUCAUUCAUUAAAACAAUGCAAUUCUGUGAUCUUUUCCAAGACAUCAACUUGUAAUUUUAAGUUCAACAGACAGACAUUUUUCAGUAUUGGUAAAAGUGAUCUUGACACUUUUUGUUUGUUCUUAAAUUAUCAUCCACACACAUUUAUAAUGAUAAAUUUAGUCAACAGUUAUUGCAGUUAACUCUACUGACAUAGACUACUUUUUGGUAUUUUGUCCAUUUUAUUUCUCUGAUGUUCAAGUAAACUGCUGUGUUCCAA